AUGUCCUCCUCCUCCUCUCCGUCUGAGCCAAGCUCGUCGUCGGGCCUCCCGGCUCGGUGGGUCUCGCUCAACGUCGGCGGGCGUGUGUUUGUCACCACCCACGCCACCCUCACCCUCCACCCAAACUCCUUCCUCGCCUCGCUGUCGACGCUCUUGCAAGACGCUGCCUUUUUCGGCAUCGAGCCGCUGGUCUCGGCUCUUCAGGCCACGCCCGACUUUGCUACUCGCGCUCACUUUGUGGCUGCUCUUGUCUCCUCAGGCUGGGCACCAGCGUCGUCGGAUCAUGUGAGCAGCGGCUCGAGCCGCGCGCUCUCCUCUCGCCGCAUCGUCAUCCCGUCCGAUCCGGCCACAUCCGGCGCUUCCCUCGCCACCCCCCAGGCUGUCAUUGUUGAGUCGGGCGAGACCAAUCCGCGGCUGCCCUCGCUCCGCGGUGUGCGACUCAACGAGCUCGAUCUGGCCUGCCUUGACUUGUCGGGCGCAAACCUGCAGCGCGCGCACCUGACCGGAACCGUCCUCGACCAAGCGCUGAUGGUUGCGGCUGACCUGCGCGACGCGCUCCUGGCCCACGCCUCGCUCGUCGGCACCGCGCUCAGCAACGUCGACGCCCGCAAGGCCUGCCUUCCGCACGCCUCGCUGGACGACGCCAUCCUCAACGAGGCCAACUUUUCGCAGGCUGACCUCUCGCAAGCGUCGCUCGUCUCGGCCUCGGCGCGCAACGCCUACUUUCAGCAGGCUUGCCUCGCCGGCGCGGACCUCUCGUCCGCCAACCUCGAGUACGCCAAGCUGCAGCGCUCGGACCUACGCGGCGCAGACCUGACGGCGGCCGCGCUCGCCAACGCCCGCUUCACCGGCGCAGACCUCCGCGGCGCCAAGCUCGACUGGGCCUCGGCAGACGUCACUGCCUUCCGCUCCGCUCUCCUCACCCACGCCGAGUUUGACGCCAUCGACCUCGACGACGCCACCAAGGCCCGCUUCAAGUUUACCCUCGUUACCGCAGACUACGAGCGCGCUGGCGAGCUGACUGGCACCCACCGCGGCAUCCGCUACGUCGUCAUGGGCACUGCCGCCGAAGGCCUCCGUCUCCGUGCCGAGCCUCGUGGCGACGUCGUUGCCCUCAUCCCCGAGGGCACAGAAGUCGUUGCCACCGGCGACGUCGUCCGCUCGCGCGCGUUUACUUCGUACCACAUUGAGUGGCCCGACCGCGGCCUUGACGGCUGGGUCAUCUCCAUGUUCCUUAACCGCAUCCCCGGCCAGGCCCCGCCCGUCGCCGCCGCCGUCGUUCCCGACUUUGGUCCCGCAGACCCGCGCGAGCCACCCACCAUCGACGGUCCUGGCCGCACACCACCGGCAGAGCUCUCCAUCCGCGACGUUCACGUCACCAUUGACGCCCCGGCCGCGAGCUCAUCCUCUCUGAGCCGUCGCCGCUCGCUCUCGCUCGGUGCCGCCUCCGAUGCCCGCAACGCCGUCCACCGCGCCGGGCGCGGAUAG